CAUCGCUCGGAGGUUUCUUCUCAUCGAGCGAGCCACAAUCUCCUCUUCAAAUUGUUGGGGUCUCAUUCUCAAACUGCAACUAUGGCUUCCUACAUCCUACCUAUUGCUCUUGUGGCCUUGUUCAUGUUCUCGACUGCCUUGCAGACUACUUCCAUUAAGGACUUGGAUUUCUACCAUCUCGUGCUCAUGUGGCCAGGUUCAUACUGCAAGCAAACCAGUGCAGGCUGUUGCAUUCCGAAGACUGGCGGUGAGCCCGAGCUGGACUUCUUUGUGAAAGGUCUCCUGCCUUACUCAAACGAUGGGAAGGCUCUCACGCAAUGCGGGAUGAGCCCAUUCUAUCUUGACGAGAUUUCAGACCUGAAUAAUGACUUGAAUAGCUACUGGCCUAAUAUCAAAUGCCCAAGCAGCGAGAGUCGUCACCUGUGGAAGAAUACAUGGAAAACAUAUGGCGUCUGCUCUGGCCUCAGUGAGCACGACUACUUCAAGAAGGCGUUGGACCUUCGAUCAAAGAUCGACCUGCUCUCAAUCUUCAAGAAACAUGGGAUCAUUUCUACAGACUAUGCAGAUUACAGUCUGGCCGAAAUCAAGCAAGUGAUAAACAGAGAAUUUGGAGCCACGACUGCCAUCAGUUGUAGUAAGAACCAGUGGGAUGAAACUCAGGUUUAUGAGAUCUAUUUGUGCGUUGACAGAGAGGCCAGAAACAUCAUCCCUUGCCCUGUUCUACCCAACUUUACUUGUGCUUCUCGGGUUGUCUUUGGUUCCUUCACCUACGACAUGCUCAAGAAUGUUUCUUCUCUGGCUGAUAAUCCCAUUAGAAUGCGCAUCCGCUGAGGAAAUGGAGCUCAAAAGCAAUCAGUAAUCAGUUGUGGUUUCUAGCAAUCUCUGUUUUCAUAAUAGGUGUGGUGUAGAGAAUUCAAGUCAGGAAUCUGGUCAUGUGUCAAGGGUUGGAUAGACCUGUGCUGUCUCCUUCUUGCAAAUGAGUGUAAUAGCUGGGAUAGAUUAUUAAAUCCUUGUAAAAGUUUUUGAUCUUUGUAUUUCUACCAGCAGAAAUAAAGAAGAAAGUUAUGUUUCUCUA